CUGAAUCUUAAAAGUUAGUUUCUUCUGAGUCUUGAUGUUACAAUGUGGGAUUUUUUUGUAAUCUAAGAGAAUAAUUAUAAUAUUAGUGACCCCUAAGUGAAUGUUGCAAAUUUGAUUAUUUUCCAAAUAGCCCAAAAGAUCUAAACUGAUUCAAAAGAAUAAUUGUAAAGUAAUUAUCAGUAACUUAUAGGUGAAUAUGCGAAUCAAAUGAUUAUUUUCCUCAUUCUUUCCCUUUCCUCCCAGACUUAAACUAAUCUUAAAGAAUCUGCUAUUGCUUUUUCUUUAAAGGUUUUUCAUAUAAUUUUGUAGGUUUCACAAGUCUACAAAGGACAGGUACGACAGAUUGACGUGUUAGACGUAUUGCAUUAAUGUUAGUUUGUUGUCUAUCUUUUUUUUUUAAUCUGCCUUAUCUCAGAGGAUGCGUGAUAGAGGUAUGGCUGGGGCUGCAGAGCUGGUCUGACCCUGGGACUGCAUAUUUCUAUGGGGUUUCCUGCAUAUUUCUAGAUUUUCUAGUCUCUGGCCUCCAUGUCAGAUGACAGCAGCUUAACAGUUGCUGAGGUUGUCUUGACUUUCUAAGGGACUGGCAUUUGAAUAAAGACCCUAAUUAUUUUAUUGUUGCUGUAUUCAUACUGAUCAUGUAUAAUCAAAUCAUCUUUAUGGUAUUAUUAAGCUAAAUAUUUGUAACGAAGAUUUGCCCUAGAAUUUGAAAGCAGUAUCUUGAAAAGUUAAGUACAUGUAUAUUAUUAAAACCUUGGAUCUGUAAAAUCAAGGUUAAGCUCUUAGUUUUGUAGGAGUGUAUGCUGUUAGUAUAGUUGGUGAUAGAAAUUCACAUGCUCUAAAUCUGUAUAUCUGUCUAAUAUACUUUAUCUGAAAAGCGUCAACAGGUAGAAUAGAAGGGAAAUGUAGACAUACUAAAGAAGAUUUGGUCAGGCAUAGAAAUCCAAAAAAGAAACUAAGACAGAAUCCAGGGUCAGAGAAGUCCUGGGGAUUUUAAGAUUUUCAUUAUUUACCAUUGGAAAACUGAAGACACUUAAUUAUUAAGCAUUUUUUAAGGUUUGAUGGAAUUAUUAAGUUUCGGUGAUAGGUGUGGAAAGAUUUCUCUUUGCUUCUACACUGAUAGGAUUGAUACUUCAAGUUCUCACAUUUGAUAAAACUUAGACCUUGAGAUGUCUGAGUUAGAUAAGGGGGUGUAUAAAUCAAUGCUGUUGAAGUCAACACUGAAUGUGAAAGGUACGUAGGAUUGCCAGGCACUUCCACAGGGGUUUUGCAAUCCUGGAGGAAUCUUAAGGAAGUUAUUCCAAUGACAAUGUUUAGAAUCUAUAGUUGCUCUAAAAUAUAUUAUCAUAUUGUAGCUAGGACGUGAUUACUACAGUUCAGAGGUUCUCCACUGGGAGGGUAUCUGGGGAUGUGUGUAGGUAUUUUUGGUUGUCAGAAUGCUUGGAGGGACUGCUGGCAUUGAUUACGCAGGGCAGUGCUGCGUGGCCUUAAUGGAAGGGACAGUCCUGCACAAGAGUUCUCCAGCUCAAAAUGCAGUGGUCCUCUGUUGAGAGAGACUGCUAAAAUGUCAGUUCUUUUCUUGUAACGUCCCUUGUUUUUAGUAUAGUUUAAUAAAUCUAAUUUAAAAUAUCAUUUGAGAAGUCAGUGUCAGAUUUGCAAUGUUUUUGAUUAUUGUAAAAUAUUUUAGAUAUAUAAUAUGACAAUGUUGUGAGGCAAGAGGGAGAAAGAAAAAAAAUGAGGGUGUGGUUUUUAGCAAUUAGGAUUAGAAGUGAUGGGAGGAUCUAAGCAUACAGGGUAAUUGUGAACCCUUAAACAAAGGUGUUAAGAUCCUCUAGUCUCUGGAAAGAAAUGUUAGGUGCAUUCCUAUUUGGACCGAGAGGGAACAGACAGUGUAGAAAGUCAGAGAGAAGAUUAUUAAUAUCUGAAUUAUAGUGUAACUUUUUUACUAAGAAGAAGAUUCAUUGAGAUAAAUGGAAGACUAAGAUGUUUCCAGUACUUUCAUAUUUUAGUUAUUCAGUUUUAGAUGUCACAGUAUCUAAGUGGUUUGGUUUGUGCCUGUGAGCCAGCAACUACAAAAUGGGAGGAAAAGGAAGGGAAGAUGUUUUAAAUAAAGAGGGAAAACAGAUGACAAGCAGAUGGAAAGAAGGAGGCAGCAUCUCAGAAAAUGGCAGCUCCAUUCUUCCAUGUCCUUAGGAUAAAAACCCUGGUGUCAUCCUUCACUUCCUCUCUUUGUUUCAUACAUAGUAUCGAAUCUGGCAGCAAAUCCUGGGGACUCUAUUUUAAAAAUAGAUCCAGGAUCCAAUGACUUCUCAUAUCUCCUCUGCUACCUGGGCCAAGGCACUAUCAUCUCUUGCCUAUAUUGGGGCAUUAGCCUCCUAAGAGGUCACCCUACCUCCUUACGGUCUCUUUUUAAUCUAAGCCUCCCAGUGGCUUUCCAUCUCUGGUUGGAAAAGCUAUAGCCAUUCUGGUGAACAGCGCUUACCUUGCGAAGCCUGUCUUAGAUCUGCCUCCCCUGUACCCCUCUCCACUCCGUACCAUCACCUCCUGCACUAGGCCUCUCCUCUACUGUGUACAGUCUUACUCCCUUACGAUGCUCCUUCCCCAUCCCUUCCUGACUCUCAGCUCUUCUCCUUCCAGCUUUUAGCAGAUGUCCCUUCUCAGUGAGGCCUUCUCUGACCAUACUGAUGGAUUCACAGGCAGUGAAAUAGAGACAGUUUAAAAUCCCUGUCUCCCUGUCCUUCGUCUCCAUGUGCCUCUCUGUUUUUCUCUAAAGCACUUUCAUUGUCUGACUUUCUACACAUUUUACUUGCUUAUUUGUUUACUGUGGUCUCCGUCCUGAGAGGGCAGGGAUCCGUGUGCUCACUGUUCAAAAGCAGAGCUUGGCACAUAGUAGGUGCAAGGUGAGGCAAGAGUAAAAAGCUGGUGAAAUAUGGUUAAGAAACCUUAGCAGAAACCAAAAUUCUGAUACUGUGGCGGAGUUAUCUUAACUUCCUUGAGUUUGUGUCGUUAGUUGAGAGACUAACCUUGUGAAAAUUAACAGAGCUGAUUUAUUUGACGGUAGCACAGUGCCUGCUGGUCUUAGAAGAAGCUUCAUAAAUGAUACAGAUGAUUCUUGUGAGAAGAAAGGACAAACCAAGGGAAAUGAUAAAGCAUCUUUCCAAAGAUCUUUUUCAUUAAAACAUUUGCAUUUUACUGCAGGUUUUUUCUCAAAGCGAACUCUUCGUGGCCAUCGUUAGUAAAUCCACCUCUGAAAGUUUAGUGAGAGGGCAGGUGAAACCCCUGCCAUUUCAUUCACUUCUGGAGCCCUAAGGUGUCACACAAGGUCCUCCUGGUGGAACUGUACGGCUGUCAGUAGGCAUUUGGUAGAGGGGGUCGGGCGUGCACGCCUCAGGGGCCACUAAUCUCAUCACUGUUUGACAAAUACACAUUUUAAACUUUAUAAUGAUUUCAAGUCUCAUAGAAAAGGAUGGAUUAUGUUCAAUAAAGGAUGUAUAUACUAAGGAAGGACAUGUUAAAAAUAUGUGAGAAAGAUGCUUAAUGUUAAAAUUUAAAGGAAUGGACUUCAUGGGUUAACCACCAGUUUUCUGAAAUUGUAUUCACUGAGUAUUUACUUCAUAGAAGUUUAUAUUUGUAUAGCACUGAGCUCUCUGACAAAUUCCAAGUUAUCAAAUACAUUCCCUGUGCCAGAUAUGAAUAAAAACUAGUUCAGGUGACCAGGCCCUAGCUUAAAUAUAGUUCCUUUGUUAAAGGUGAUCCAGGUGAGUGUGGUUAAAGAGCUCAAGAAAAAAAAACCCAAAACGAUCCAUAUUAAUGAAAUGGGGUGAAAUGUCAAAGCACUAUUCUUUAGGAUAGUGGGCAGGCUAUCUGCCCAGUGGCAGGUAUAUUCUCGGGCGAAUAAUGUCCCUGAAUUAUACUUUCUUUGGUUUAUUAGCAGUUAGAACAUGAAGUUACAAUGUGAGCAGAGUCUUGUGGGUCUAGGAAGAAAACAUAAAUAUAGGUAAAUUCGUGAAGAAAUAGAAUUAUGCUUAAUGAUGUGUAUGUAUACAUGCUGAAAGCAAGAAUAUUACAGUGGAAGUGCUACUCUCAUGAUUUUCAUAUAUUAUGAAUGACAUCAAAUGACUUCUAAGAGAGAACGUUGCAGAAAGGACCAUCUUGAUAGGUUGUUAUCUAGAGACAGGUAUGUCAUUUGCAUUUCCAAGAAAUGAUUUUGUCGUCUUGUUACUAUACUCUGAAUAAAUUGAAGAAAAAUUUUAAAGGAAUAAGUGUAGGUCUUUCCAAACAGCUUUUAUUAAAACAUUUGCAUUUUACUUCAAAGUUUUCAUUCUUUUCCUCAAAGAGAACUCUCCAUGGAAAUGUUAGUAAAUCCACCUUUCUACUUCAGGAACUUGAAAAACACAAUAACUAUACGUUAUUGUGUUUUUCUAAUUGUAUUUGUAUUCAACACAGUAUUGAUAUAAGUAAAAGAAGAACAUUUACAUUGCAUAAUAAGUUACUCAGCACUGCUUUGUGUUUCUGUUAACAAAGCUAAUUUAUUUCUUCUUAGGGAUGAUUCAGUUCCAAAGCAAAAAUUUGAUGUCAUUCUAAUGAGUCUGCUUUCAAUUGUAGAGUACAGCGAAGCCUCAGUAAAGAAUAGUAAGACAUCUAUUUUAUUGUAGAUAAUAAAUCUGCAAAGUAAGUUCUCAGCAUAUAUUGAAGUUGGUCUGGCACGGAGUUGCUUUAUGAGUAGCCCUUUGAGCAGACUCUGCAGUUCUGUGUGUGGUUUUAAAUCACUGUAAAUUUGUAGGCAGGUACAUAUCACAAUUGUCUGUUUUUCUUUUUAGGGCUCAUGUAAUCAAAGAAGUUUCUUUGUUGUGUGUAUCUUUUCAGAACACAACAGGAAUUGAAAAUGAAUCAGAACGCUGAGCCUGUGGCAGCCGCCGAGACCCUGGCCGAGGUACCUGAACAUGUGCUUCGAGGCCUUCCAGAGGAAGUGAGGCUUUUCCCAUCUGCUGUUGACAAGACUCGGGUUGGUGUCUGGGCCACUAAGCCAAUUUUAAAAGGCAAAAAGUUUGGGCCAUUUGUUGGUGAUAAGAAAAAAAGAUCUCAGGUUAAGAAUAAUGUAUACAUGUGGGAGGUCUAUUACCCAAAUUUGGGGUGGAUGUGCAUUGAUGCCACCGAUCCAGAGAAGGGGAACUGGCUGCGCUAUGUGAAUUGGGCUUGCUCGGGAGAAGAGCAAAAUUUAUUUCCACUGGAAAUCAACAGGGCCAUUUACUAUAAAACCUUAAAGCCAAUCGCGCCGGGCGAGGAGCUCCUGGUCUGGUACAAUGGGGAAGACAACCCCGAGAUAGCAGCUGCGAUUGAGGAAGAGCGAGCCAGCGCCCGGAGCAAGCGGAGCUCCCCGAAAAGCAGGAAAGGGAAGAAGAAAUCCCAAGAAAAUAAAAACAAAGCAAACAAAACUGAAGACAUACAGCUGAAGACAAGUGAGCCAGAUUCCACCUCUGCAAAUAUGAGAGAUUCUGUGGAAGGCCCCAGAGACGAAGACGAGAAGCCUUCCGCGUCCGCCGCCGAGCAGACGGCUGCCCUUCAGGAGGUGGUGAGUCAGGAUGUGCCUCUGGAGCCCGCCCUCCCGCCCCCUGCCCAGGACCCCCAGGUGGGACCGGCCGCAGAGCUGGACGCGGCGCGUAGCGAUGCGAACGACGCGGAGGAGGAAGAGGAGGAGGAGGGGGAGGAGGGGGAGCUGGACGAGGAGGAGGCGGCGGCAGCUGGCGUGCCAGGCGGGAGCGCCGCAGGAGAGCUGGAGAUGCGGUGUGACGAGAGCCCAGAGGAUCUGUUAGAAGAGGCACGGACUGUUCCGCUGGGCACUCUUGAAGACUCUCCGGAGGUAGCACCUGCCGUCAGAAUUCCCAAAGCUAAAGAAGAGGCCAAUGGUGACGUGUUUGAAACGUUUCUGUUCCCGUGUCAGCACUGCGAGAGGAAGUUCACGACCAAACAGGGGCUGGAGCGGCACAUGCACAUCCACAUAUCCACGGUAAACCACGCCUUCAAGUGCAAGUACUGCGGGAAGGCGUUCGGCACGCAGAUCAACAGGCGGCGGCACGAGCGGCGCCACGAGGCGGGGCUGAAGCGGAAGCCCAGCCUGACGCUCCGGCCACCGGAGGCCCCAGCCGAUGGCAGGGCGCCCGGGGACGGCGCUCCUCCGAAGGAUGACGCACAGCCUCCCAGUCUUGGGCAAGACUCUCUGACCUUGAAUUCAGAGAAGGCUUCCCAAGACACGGUAAAUUCUUCUGUUGUAGAAGAGAACGGAGAAGUUAAGGAGCUUCAUCCGUGCCAAUACUGUAAAAAGGUUUUUGGAACUCACACCAACAUGAGGCGGCAUCAGCGCAGGGUCCACGAGCGUCACCUGAUUCCUAAAGGUGUGCGGCGAAAAGGGGGUCUCCUCGAAGAGCAGCAGCCCCCGGCAGAGCAGGCCCCGCCCGCCCAGAGUGUCUACGUACCCAGCACAGAGCCAGAGGAGGAAGGGGAGGCAGACGACGUGUACAUCAUGGAUAUUUCUAGCAAUAUCUCGGAAAAUUUAAAUUACUACAUUGAUGGUAAAAUUCAGACCAGCUGCAGCACCAGUAACUGUGAUGUUAUUGAGAUGGAAUCCAGUUCGGCAGACUUGUAUGGUAUCAACUGUCUGCUCACUCCGGUUACAGUGGAAAUAACUCAAAAUAUAAAGACCACACAGGUCCCUAUAACAGAUGAUCUUCCGAAAGAGCCUUCCAGCAGCACGAACAGUGAGUCCAAGAAACGGAGGACUGCCAGUCCUCCUGUGUUGCCCAGAAUUAAAGCCGAGACUGAGUCUGAUGCCGUAGCACCUUCGUGUUCCUUGAGCCUGCCUCUCAGCAUAUCAACCACAGAGGCCGUUCCGUUCCACAAAGAGAAAAAUGUGUAUUUGUCAUCGAAGCUCAAACAACUGCUUCAAACGCAGGAGAAACUGACUCCUCCUGCAGGGAUUUCAGCCACUGAAAUACCUAAAUUAGGUCCUGUCUGUGUGUCCACGCCUGCGUCGAUGCUCCCUGUGACCUCGAGCAGGUUUAAGAGGCGGACCAGCUCUCCCCCCAGCUCUCCACAGCACAGUCCUGCCCUUCGAGACUUUGGGAAGCCGGGCGAUGGGAAAGCCAUGUGGACUGAGGCAGUUCUGAGUUCCAAAAAGCCCAAAUUAGAAAGUCAUAGCAACUCACCAGCAUGGAGUUUGUCUGGGAGAGAUGAGAGAGAAACUGGGAGCCCUCCAGGCUUUGAUGAAUAUAAAGUAUCUAAAGAGUGGGCAGCUAGUUCUACUUUUAGCAACGUAUGCAACCAGCAGCCACUGGAUUUAUCCAGUGGUGUAAAACAGAAGGCUGAGGGUACAGGCAAGGCUCCGGUCCAGUGGGAAUCUGUGUUAGAUCUCAGUGUGCAUAGAAAGCCUAGUAGUGACUCUGAAGGCAAGGAAUUCAAAGAAAACCAUUCGGUGCAGCCAGCCUGCAGCGCUGCAAAGAAAAAGAAGCCAACCACCUGCAUGCUACAGAAGGUCCUUCUCAACGAAUACAAUGGCGUCGACUUACCUGUAGAAAAUGCUCCAGACGUGACCAGGAGCCCCAGUCCUUGUAAACCCCUAGAUCCUCAGCCGGACCCUGACCUUGGUCCCGACUCUAGCUUACCUGCCCCUCCUGGCGAGUCUCCUCCUUCGUCACCUGCCCUGCAGACAUCUUCCCUUUCUUCCGGGCAGCUGCCGCCUCUCUUGACCCCAACCAAUCCCUCUUCCCCCCAGCCCUGUCCUCCUGUGUUAACUGUUGCCACUCCACCCCCUCCGCUGCUUCCCACUGUACCUCUUGCAGCCCCCUCUUCCGGGGCAUCCCCUCAUCCGUGUCCCUCUCCACUCUCGAACGCCACCGCACAGUCCCCACUUCCAAUUCUUUCCCCAACGGUGUCUCCCUCGCCAUCUCCCAUUCCUUCCGUGGAGCCCCUCACGUCUGCUGCCUCACCGGGGCCUCCGACGCUCUCUUCGUCUUCCUCCUCAUCUGCUUCGCCUUCGUUCUCUUCUUCGUCCUCCUCCUCUUCUCCUUCGCCACCUCCUCUCUCAGCAGUAUCGUCUGUGGUUUCCUCUGGGGAUAAUCUGGAAGCCUCUCUGCCCAUGAUAUCUUUUAAACAGGAGGAAUUAGAGAAUGAAGGUCCGAAAGCGAGGGAAGAAUCCCAGUCUGCCACUGCACGGGAUAUCGUUCAGGAGACAUUCAACAAAAAUUUUGUCUGCAACGUCUGUGAAUCACCUUUCCUUUCCAUUAAAGAUCUAACCAAACAUUUAUCCAUUCACGCUGAGGAAUGGCCCUUCAAAUGUGAAUUUUGUGUGCAGCUCUUUAAGGCUAAAACUGAUUUGUCAGAACAUCGCUUUUUGCUUCAUGGAGUUGGGAAUAUCUUUGUGUGUUCGGUUUGUAAAAAAGAAUUUGCGUUUUUGUGCAAUCUGCAGCAGCACCAGCGAGAUCUCCACCCCGAUACGGUGUGCACACACCAUGAGUUUGAAAGUGGCACCCUGAGGCCCCAGAACUUCACAGAUCCCAGCAAGGCCCACGUAGAGCAUAUGCAGAGUUUGCCGGAAGAUCCUUUAGAAACGUCUAAAGAAGAAGAGGAGCUGAACGAUUCCUCAGAAGAGCUUUACACGACCAUAAAGAUAAUGGCUUCUGGAAUAAAGACGAAAGAUCCAGAUGUUCGAUUGGGUCUCAAUCAGCAUUACCCAAGCUUUAAACCACCUCCAUUUCAGUACCAUCACCGCAACCCCCUAGGCAUUGGUGUGACGGCCACAAAUUUCACUACACACAAUAUCCCACAGACGUUUACUACCGCCAUUCGCUGCACCAAGUGUGGGAAAGGUGUGGACAACAUGCCUGAGCUGCACAAACACAUCCUGGCAUGUGCUUCCGCUAGCGACAAGAAGAGGUAUACCCCGAAGAAAAAUCCAGUCCCGCUGAAACAGACUGUGCAGCCCAAAAACGGUGUGGUGGUUUUGGACAGCUCUGGGAAGAAUGCCUUCAGACGAAUGGGACAGCCCAAAAGACUGAACUUUAGCGUUGAGCUCAGCAAAAUGUCCUCAAAUAAGCUCAAGUUAAAUGCGUUGAAGAAAAAAAACCAGCUUGUCCAGAAAGCCAUCCUUCAGAAAAACAAGUCUGCAAAGCAGAAAGCCGACCUAAAAAAUGCUCCUGAGUCGUCCUCGCACAUCUGCCCGUACUGCAACAGAGAGUUCACGUACAUCGGGAGCCUGAACAAGCACGCCGCUUUCAGCUGUCCCAAGAAACCCCUUUCUCCUUCCAAGAGAAAAGCUUCCCAUUCAUCCAAGAAAGGAGGACACCCAUCACCUGCAAGUAGUGACAGGAACAACGGCAGCAGCCACCGCAGACGGACAGCGGAUGCAGAGAUCAAAAUGCAAAGCAUGCAGGCGCCUUUGGGCAAGACCAGAGCUCGCAGCUCGGGCCCUGCACAGGUCCCACCGCCCUCCUCGUCCUUCAGGUCCAAGCAGAAUGUUAAAUUUGCAGCUUCGGUUAAGUCCAAAAAACCAAGCUCCUCCUUAAGGAACUUAAGCCCGAUACGAAUGGCCAAAAUGACUCACAGCGACAGCAAGAAGCCCAAGGCUGCAGCCAGGAAUCAUGCAGCUCAGCUCUCGGGCAAGACGUCUCGGAGCCUGCACGUGAGGGCACAGAAAAGCAGAGCUGUCUUACAGAGCAAGUCGGCCUUGGCCAGUAAGAAGCGGACAGACAGGUUCAGUGUAAAAUCUAGAGAACGAAGUGGGGGGCCGAUCACCCGAAGCCUGCAGCUGGCAGCUGCCGCCGACCCGAGUGAGAACAGGAGGGAGGACGGCAGCGGCAAGCAGGAGCUGAAGGACUUCAGCCAGUUAAGGACACGUAAAUAAGUGAUGGAGAAGCAGAACGAAAUUCCAGACCAAGCUUUUCCAUUUACCGUGAAAUGGGCUAAAAAAACCAAAAUGGUGCUGAUUUCUCCCAUACCAUCUCCGCCACAUCACUCCAAGGAGACUGUCUGCGUCCCUCUCAGCAUGUCUCUUUUGCGCGGGACACCCACGUUCCCACACACCUUCCGAGUCAUCCUGUUGCUGUCUUAACAUUCGUCCCAUGGUCUUCCCACCUUUUCUUUACCGUGGUCAGUUCAUACAAGGUUGUGUUAUGUUGUCGUUUAUCUUCAGUUUUCUUAUUUUCUAGGAACUUCCUGUAGAAAAGCCCCCCAAACAAAACAAACCUUAAUUGACUAAAUAAAGAUAAUGCAUGCUCAACUUAGGAUAAGCACUACGGCAAAGCGUACGAAAUCUACCAAGCUUGCAAGACCAGUUGAAGCUGACUCAGAAACCCUAACACACAGCCGAUUGCCAGUGAGUGGGCUUCUUGUUGCCCUGGUUAGAGUCAGGCAUCCGCUUCUUCGCUGGCGCCCAACACACGUGCUGGGCUCACAGGCGAUUAAGAUGCACAGAGGAGGGCGCUAUAGGACAGGCUAGCUGACCUGGCCCCUCAUCACAGGACUGGUAACUCAGACCUGAGCGUGGCCCUGGCUUUUGGCACAGAGCAGAGAAAGGAAUGAGUUGAACCUAAUCUUGCAAAGCAAGUUCUCUGUUUUAUCAGUAGUUUGUUGUAGAUUUCAGGGAUGACGGAUUCUGAUGCACUCGUUUUAUAAUGUUUUGGUCACACCAGCUCUUGAUGCCUUUCCUUUAAAUGAAUUGUAGACAGAGGCAUUUAGCUUCUUUCUUAGCCUGUUUCUUUUUGUUGUUGCUGUUGUUGUUGUUUUAUCACAAGCCGAUUGCCAGCAUAAUGGAGAGGAAACCAGAUUGGAUAUGGACUCUUUUUUAUGCCUCUUCCAGUGUCAUGUUUAUAUAUCCAAAUGGACAUUAUCCUCUCAGAUUAUUAUCUGGCACUAAUUUAUAACUGUUGUAUUAUCGGAGACGGUAGCAAUAUUAUCAGUGCCCAGGAUACAUCACAGGCCUGUAUAGAUGUAUGUCUACACCUAAGGGUAAAUGAAUUCACUUAUCAGGUUUUACACAUCAGUCUCUAAUAUAGAGAUUUAAACAGCCCAACGGAUUGGCCUAUUUCUGAGUAUACAAGUGUCAUUUCUCCACGCAUUAUUAUAUGCCUUCCCUCUAAUUAAUGACGGAGUUGGUGGACAAUGGCUAAGUUUUAUUCGUGUUGUUUUUUUUUGUUGUUGUUGUUGUUCUCAACUUUAAAAGUAAUCUACCUCUUAAAAUUUGUAGUUUAAUACUUGUUUGGUGAAUUUGUGCCACUUUAACCCUUUCACUAUCAUUCCCAUUUUGUUACAUUUCUGUUAUGGGGACUUUAUGUUGAAAUAUUGUAUAAAGCAUUUGUAGCAGUUUAAAAAUAAAAUAUUUAAAAUUAUUUAAAUUGUUUUGGACGCUUCAAUUGUAUUAUAUGUGAUUUACAUUUUACAUUUUGUUUGAGUUGUUAAUCUGGAGAGUGUUCUUGUAUUGAAGUUUGCUGUUAGUAAUUUUAUUGUUUCUUGUUGCAGAGUGAUAUAAAAGACUAUUCUAAUGAAAACAUUAAAAUUUACAAAUUGACAUACAAAAGGGGUUGUCCGUUGAUUUUAACCAACGUAGCCUUGAGAGAGAGAGAGAGGUUAAUUAUAGACAAGUUAAGAGUGGUAUUUGCUAUUUUUCCCCUUCCAGCAUGAAAUAAAUCAUUUGAGUUUGUCAGAUGUACAGAAAGUUUUCUUAUGCUGUUGCUAGCAAGCACUUACUGACGGGGGAAUUCAAAUGAUGCAUUUUAUAUCAUUGUAACCAAUAAAAAACUUUCUAAAAGCUGUGGAAGGACUGUAUUUUGUACAUCAUUGGGAGCAGUUAAGGGGGAAAAUGAAGGUGCGUGUGGGAGGGGUGCUCACAGGCUGCAUCUCUAAAGUGCAGUUGUCGAGCCCCACGGCCGACCUCUUCCCACUUGUUUCUGUUUGGCAUUGAUUGAAUAUUUCUGAAUUCACAUCGCUUCCAUACCACCUAGAGAGUAGACAUGCAGUUGGACGGUGGUGCUAAGAAGUGCGUGGAGAACUUACUUUGGUAAGAGUGAAAUAAUUUCCUGUAUGGGGUGUCAGUUUCCUCUGUGCUUGUGACCAGUUCGCUCUGGUCUGGAGGUUUUUAUAUUUAUGGCUCCCCUGAAGAAUGGAACAAAGUUGUUGUAACAUUUGUAUUAGGUUGAUAUGGAAUUGCUGUUUGUUUGUUUGUGUUUUUAAAGAUUAAAAAUGGCUGAAACAAGCAGUUUAUUCAUAAAGUC